AUGAAUAAACUACCAACUUUUUAUAAACUACCGGCUCAGAAACUGGGAUUAUUACAAGAAUUGAAGUCGUCUCCUCGAUUGGCUUCAAUUUGGUCUUAUACCGAUUCAAAAACAACCAAUGCAACCAGGACAUUACCAAUAAAUAUACUUUCAAAACAAGAAAUCUUCACUCAAGUUAUCCAUGAUUAUCCUGAUAAACAAGGUUUAAAUUUGAAAUUCAAACAAGUGGUAACGUAUGGGAAAACAAUUAUUAAUUUCUAUAAAGCAGGUAUUAAGAAUGUUUGGCAGAAUCAAUCAGAUUUAAGCAAAUUUAAAAAAGAUUUUUAUAUGCAACAUGUUAAUCAAGUGGGUCAACAAAUUAAAAUAAAAAUUCCAUCUUUUACUAAAUUAAUUGAAGUUAUGAGUCAACGAGUUUAUAUGGAAAAAGUUGAAAUUGAAACUUUCAAUAAAAAUACCAAAGAUGAUGUUAAAGGUAUAUCUAAUGAAUCAAAUUUACCAAUUUUUAAUAUUACUAGAGAACAAUUUCAAAUUUAUAAACGUACACCUUCUGAUUUUUAUAAAAUUCCAUUAUUUGCAUUAAUAUGUCUUUUAUUUGAAGAACUUACUCCAAUAUUAUGUUAUUUAAUUCCAGAAAUAACUCCAUCAACUUGUGUAUUACCAAAUAUUCUUCCUCGUGUAUGGAAUCCAAAGGCAAUCAAUAAACUUAAACAAAUUAAUCAGGAUUUGACUGAAGUUCAAAUGAUUGAUUUAUCAUCUAAAACAAGUUAUAAUUUAGAUAUUGAACAUGUUAGAUUAUUAUGUCAAUCAUUAAGACUUGUAUCAAGAAUAACUCCUAUUCAAUUAUAUCCUGAAACGUAUUUACGCGAUAAAUUACAACAAUAUUAUAAUUAUUUAAUUAUUGAUAAUUAUUAUUUAUCAGGAUUAAAUAAAGAUGGCAAUUUAUGGAAUUUAAAUGAUCAAGAAUUAAUUGUUGCUUGUUUAGAAAGAAAUUUAAUUCAAGAUAUCGUACAAGAUACCAAACAAUUUAAUCAAAUUUCUGAUCCUAUACAAAAACAAACGUUUCAAGAUCAAUAUAUGAAUAAAUUAAGAGUUAAGUUGUUCCAAUUUUUAGUUGAUUUCCCACAUUUUAAUAUUGGAUACCUUAGUGUUCAUCAUGUCAUUCCAAGAAAGGAAGAAAUUGAUUUAGUUUCAUGGAGACAAUAA